GAAAGUGACAAAAUGAGAGGAGCUGCGAGGAGCAGACUCCUGUUGUGUUGGGCAGUCAUGGCGAUCAUCGCAGAUACUUGGCCUUGUGCUGAGGGUUUCGUCAACUCGCCAAAAAUUAUAAGCAAAGAUGGCAAUUUGAUUUUUGAAUCGGGCGCAAAUCGCAAUAUUAGCUUUCGAUUGAGCGGAAAUUCGCGGCUUACCAUCAACGAGGAGUUGGAUGUCAUGGAGCUGUUGCUGGCCACCAAUGGCUCCAAGAAGCAAUCCGGCGGCAAGGAUGAGUGGAACACCGCCGAUGAUGUAGUGGAUGUGCGGGAGCUGGCGGAACGGCUGGCUGACAUCAAUAGGCGGGCCUUUGGAGCGAAUGGCUUGAGUGAAAUGCUGGGACAGCAGAGAAACAGGACCCGAGGCUCGAUGGCUCUGAUGCGGCGUUUACAGAAGCGACUUAGAGCGGUGGAGAGCCAGGUGGAUCGGAUGAAGACCCAGUUGGAGGUGAACAACUGCGCAAGUGGACCCUGCGUGAAUGGCGGCACCUGCUACAACACCUACACCGGAUUUCGCUGCCAAUGUCGGUCGGCAUUCGAGGGCACCAAGUGCGAGGUGGACGUCAACGAGUGCGCACUGUACGAGGGCACCGACCUGGGUUGCCAGAAUGGAGGACAGUGCCAGAAUCAGUUUGGCUCGUACAGCUGCCUGUGCCAGCCGGGUUGGCAUGGGAUGCACUGCACCCAGCGCAAGGCGGAUUGCUCGCAGGCCAGUGCCUGGGAGAUGUGCGGCCAUGGAUCUUGUGUUCCCAGCGCGGACGCUGCCGGCUAUCGCUGCAUCUGCGAGCCGGGCUGGAAGACCAAUGGCCUCACCCCCAUUUGUGGCGAGGAUGUGGACGAGUGCAGCGAUUCGGCUGGCCACAAGCCCUGCUCCACCAACUGCAUCAAUCUGCCGGGCAGCUUCACCUGUGCCCCCUGUCCCGCCGGCUUGACAGGGAAUGGCGUUAGCUGCCGCGACUUGGACGAAUGCCAGACGAACAACGGUGGAUGUAGCCUCAGACCGAAGGUGGAUUGCAUAAAUACCUAUGGCUCGUAUCACUGCGGCGAGUGUCCCCUAGGUUGGAUCGGCGAUGGGCGGAAGUGCGAGAGAAGCACCCAGGGCGUGGACAACCAAGCUGGACAGGCGCCGCUAGCUUGUCCGGCGGGCAACAAUCCCUGCUAUCCAACAGCCAGCUGCUUUUUAAUCUCCGGCACAAUAACCUGCAGAUGUCCCACGGGCAUGGUGGGCACAGGAUAUGCUCCGAACGGCUGUAUCAAUGGCACGACCACGAAUUGCGUGGGAAAUCCCUGCCUGAAUAAUGGCAUCUGCCUGGAUGCCGGACCCUUGAACUUCACCUGCCUCUGCCCAACUGGCUUCCGUCCGCCCAUCUGUGAGCCACAGCCGGGUCCUUGCGAUCAACAGCCCUGCAAGAAUGGAGGACGCUGUCGCCCCACCACCAGUGGAGACCUAUUCGUCUGCCAGUGUCUGCCGGGUUACCGGGGUCGACUUUGCGACACCCGUUUCAGCAGCUGCAACGGCAUGCUGAGUGCCCAAAGUGGCAGGCUGAGGUAUCCGCCGGAGGGCACUGGAUACGAGCAUAAUGCCCAGUGCGCUUGGGUGAUACGCACCAGCGAAUCGCUGGUGGUGAAUGUCACGUUCAACAGCUUCGAUGUGGAGGACUCCACGGAAUGCCGCUUCGACUGGCUGCAGAUUAACGAUGGCCGUUCGGCGGCCGCCCAGAUAAUUGGACGCUAUUGUGGCAACCAUUUACCACAUGGCGGGAACAUCAUAUCCUCCGGUAAUCAGCUGUAUCUGUGGUUCCGAUCCGAUAACUCGACGGCCAGGGAGGGAUUCGAUCUCACGUGGAACUCGAGGCAGCCGCAGUGCGGCGGUCGAUUGAAUUUCGAGACCCAUGGCACGCUCGCCUCGCCGGGAUCGCCCGGAAAUUAUCCAAAGAAUCGGGACUGCCGGUGGCAACUAGUGGCGCCCACCACCAAACGCAUCAAGCUGACCUUCUUCAGCUUGCAGCUGGAACAGCACGAAAAUUGCAAUUUCGAUUAUGUCCUGAUCAAGGACUCCGUUUCCGGACGUGAACUGGCCAAAUACUGCACCAGCGAAACGCCAGCACCGCUGCUCUUGCCCACCCACCUGGCGGAGAUCCACUUCCACUCGGAUGCCGAGGGCAGCGAUACUGGCUUCCAGCUGCACUAUUCCGUAGAGGAGCGUGUGCCCGGCUGCGGUGGUGUCUACACCGCCAAGGAGGAUACCAUUUUUGAAACAUCCGCAGCCAAUUCCGAACCAGAAGGUGUCUCCUGCGAGUACGAAAUCCAUUUGGCCGUGGGCGAGCUGAUUGACAUCAAGAUUGAGCGUCUGGAGCUGGAUCCACUGGACUGCCUGGAGUUGCUGGAUAUCACGGAUGAGGGCGUUAGCAUUCUGCAGGAGAAGAUAUGCGGAACGGAUGCGGCGCGCUUGAAUCCGCCUGCCUUCACCUCGCAAUUCCAUCGGCUGAAGAUUAAAUUUUAUGCCCGUGCCGGCAGCUUCAAGCUGAACUACCGCAUGGCCUGCACUUUGAAACUGGACAACGACCAUGGCAACAUUACCUCACCUGGUUAUCCCAAUCUAACAAGAUCGGAUCGGGUCUGCACCUAUACGAUUAUGACGGCCGCCAACACGGUGAUCAGUCUGAAGAGGAUCGACUUUCAGUUGACCAGCGGCGAGACCGACGACGAGGGCAACGAUGAGUGUCUGACCACCAGCUUGAGAAUCAACGAUGGACUAAACCGCAAGAUCCUGGGACCCUACUGCGGCAAAAAUCAGCCGGAGGAGGAAUUCGUCAGCCAGACCAACUACGUGCAACUACACCUGUCCACGGACGUGGACAGCAUGGGGCGUGGCUUCGCAUUCGAGUAUCGAGCCCUGGCCACCGGCAGCGAUAAGUGCGGCGGAGUACACACCCGUUCCGGCGAUCACAUCCGGCUGCCGGGGGAUGGGAACACCUAUGCCGAUGAAGCUACCUGUUACUGGGUGAUAAUGGCGCCGGCGAACAAGUCCAUCCGCCUCCAUUGGAACAGCUUCCAACUGGAGCACGCGAUGGAGUGCAGCUAUGACUAUUUGGAGAUAUAUGAUAGCCUGGCUGCACAGGAGGGCGACCAGAAGAGCAGUCCGUUGGCCAAAUACUGCGGUUAUAAUGUGCCGGAGGACCUGAUCAGCCACUCGCGUCAGCUGGUUCUCAAGUUCGUGUCGGACUACAACGAAUCGGAUGGAGGCUUCGACUUGACCUACACCUUCGAGGAUCGCGCCCAAUGCGGCGGCCACAUCCAUGCGUCGAGCGGUGAGCUAAGCUCACCGGACUAUCCGGCCAACUACUCUUCCGGCUUGGAUUGUGACUGGCAUUUGACCGGAACGGUUGAUAACCUGCUCGAGAUUCAGUUGGAGAACUUUGACCUGGAACAAUCGCCGAACUGCUCAGCCGAUUAUCUGGAGAUAAGGAAUGGAGCCAGCACUGAUUCCCCGCUAAUCGGACGCUUCUGCGGCCAGGAUAUACCCGCUCGGAUACCGGGUUUUAGCAACGAGAUGAGGCUGAUCCUUCAUACGGAUUCGGCGAUCAACGGUCGCGGAUUUCGGUUGCGCUGGAGAAUCUUUGCCUUCGGAUGCGGCGGAAAUCUACAUUCGAAUACGGGGGUCAUGGCGUCGCCCAGGUACCCGCACCCCUAUCCCCACAUGGCGCACUGUGAGUGGAGGCUUAGCGUGCAUCCCGGAUCGGCUAUUCUUAUCCGAAUCGAGGACCUGCAAAUUGAGAGUCUGGGCAAUUGCUAUUACGACAGCGUGAAGAUCUACAAGGGCAUAAGGCUGCCCAACCAGAACGCCGACCUAGUCCUCUGCAAUGACGAUGAUCUGCUUAGUCCGCUCAUCGACUUGGAGAACGAUAAAGCCACUAUCGUCUUCGAUUCCGACUCGUCCAAUUCGUUCCGCGGAUUUCGAAUAUCCUACGGGGCGAAUUGCAUUAGAAACCUGACGGGCACGAUAGGAACCAUUGAGAGUCUGAACUACAUGGAACCAUUCUGGGAGACCAUACCCAUCAAUUGUAGCUGGACCAUUCGAGCGCCCAAGGGCAAUCGCGUUCUCGUGGAAAUUUCCCAUGUGGCGAGGCACGAGCAGCAUAUGCCCACUGCCACCGAACCCGGCGGAUUGUACAUUGUGGAUGGCGGGAAUGUGCAGGAAAUACUCACCCCACAAGUGGUGAACAUCAGUGGCGAGGUGUUGACCGUCGUUCACAAUGCCAGCAAUGUGAACUUCCAGCUGGACUAUCGCAUCGACGGCUGCAUGGAGGAGCUGCGCGGCCAAUCGGGAUCCUUCCAAUCGCCCAACUAUCCGAAAAUGUAUCCCAACAACCUGGAGUGCUACUGGCUGAUCACCGUCGAGCGGGAUAGCGUCGUCGAGCUCACGAUCAACGGCAUAGAUCUCGAGGAGAGUCCCAAUUGCACCAAGGAUGCGCUGACGGUGUCCAACCAUAAGCAAUCGGUUGAAGCCCACGAACGACACUGCGGGUCCGCGUCCAAAUUGGUGAUCACCAGUUCUGGUCACAGGCUGCACGUGCGUUUCAUCUCGGACGAAUCGCACAACGGACUUGGCUUCAACGCCACCUAUAGAGCUGUGAACACAACCUGUGGUGGCAAACUGACGGCCCAAAACGGAGUGCUCGAAUCGCCAAACUAUCCACUCAAUUAUCCAGCCCACAGUGCCUGCGAGUGGCAGAUAGAGGUCUCCCAGUACCACCAGAUCGUGUUCGAGAUGGCGGAACUGGACCUGGAGUCGGGCUACGGCUGCGCCUGGGAUUAUCUGGAGGCCUACGAUCUGAUGGAGGACGACUCGGAGGGCCAGCAGUUGUUCAAGGUCUGCGGCGGCAUAGAGUAUGACACACUGCUCACCUCCACUUCCAACAUGGCUGUGGUGCGCUUCGUGAGCGAUGACUCCAUCUCGAGAAAGGGCUUCCGGCUGCACUUCCACGAGUCCUGCGGCCAAACGAUAAACGUCGAUGAAGCAGCGUUCGAUUACAUCCAAAUGUCGUGGCAGACGGCGCGGAACGAGAGCUGCGUAUGGGUAAUCCAAGCCCAGGAGCCCAACAAGCGCAUCAUCUUCACGCCCACCAAUGUCAAGUUGCGCGAGGAGGCCAGCGUGCAAUAUCCCACGGAGGGCGAUUGCCUCGAUCUGGGCGUUAAGAUCUACGAGGGCACGGAGCCGCAGGGAACACCACGUCUUAAAUUCUGUCGCUCGCAUCCGCCGGCCUUGAUCUCCAACGGCCAGGCUCUGACCGUCAGUGUGCCUCUCCAGCUGGUGGAGGAGUUCGAGGGAAACUACAUGACCAUGGACACGUCCUGUGGUAGUGUUUAUGAUGCUCUCUCCGGCAAAUUCAGUACACCGUAUUAUCCCGACUCGUAUCCGCCAAACAUUGAGUGUGUGUGGCUGUUGGUGGCCAGCAGUGGCAAUUCCCUCAGUCUCACGCUGGAAUCGAUGGACAUGGAGAGUUCCGAGGGCUGCAAUCGGGAUUAUCUGGAGAUCCGCGAGGAGUCGGAGAGUGGCGAACUGAUCGGCGUGUAUUGUGGCAAUGAAGUGCCCGGGGUGAUUCAUUCGCGCGGCGACAUCUGGAUAAAGUUCAAGAGCGACGACGACAAUGUGGGCGAGGGAUUCAUGGCCUCCUAUAACUACGAGCACCACAACGAGAUAAAUGGCUCUGAAGGCACCAUUUCGUCGCCGUACUUUCCCAGCAAGUUCCAGGAUCCGGAGCCGUACAGCUGGCGCAUUACCGUGGACAAGGAGUACGUGGUGUUGAUAUCCCUGAGCUAUCUCAGGGAUCUGGACCAGCCGCACUUGAUCUUCUACGAUGGCUAUUCGGACAUUGCAUCGCGUAUCGAGGUGACAAGUAACCACGAACCCAUCACAUCCAGCACGCAUGUGCUCUACUUCACGACCAACCGAGGUCCGUUCCAGCUAAAUUGGAAUCGCUUAUCCAAGGAGGCACUACGUUCGAAUCGCACGGCGGAGGAGCGGACACGCCAAUGUGGCAAUCAGUUGAUUACCAUCGAUCGCUCGGUCAUCGGAUUUCAUUCGCCAGGCUAUCCCAAUGGCUACGAACAGAAUCUAAAUUGCUCCUGGAGCUUGGUGCCCUCGAAUCCGGCCACGCAUGCCGUCCUCACACUGAGUCAAAUCGACUUGGAGUUAUUUAGCGAAGAUUGCAUUGCUGACUAUGUUAGGAUCUCGAGUAGCAACGAUCUCCAGAACUGGUCGCCCCUCAGAACGCUAUGCAGCCUGCCCACGAAGUCGAGUGACCGAAUCUUCCACGGAACACCCUAUCUUCAGGUGGAAUUCAAGACGGAUCCCAGUGUGAAUAAGACGGGAUUCAAUGGCAUUGUGCGCACGGCCUGCGGCUCGGAAAUCACUGCGUCCAAGGGUCUGGUUAACAUUACGGAGAUCCUGAAGGUCAAUCCGCGGCCAAAUCAGGAUUGCGUAUGGACCAUUAAAGUGCGCCAGGGCGCAAGGAUCAGGAUCGAUUUCCCCGACUUCCAGUUGCAGAACAAUGUGGCCGCCGGAUCGAGCGAUUGCCGCAAUUAUCUCUUACUCCGCAAUGGAAUCGAUGAAGAUUCGCCAUUCUUGGGUCGCGGCAAGUACUGUGAGGAUGUCGUGCACGAAGUCUUGAACACCACCUCCAAUAAGGCCUAUAUAAAGUUUCACUUUGCGAGCUCACCCCGUUUCCUGGUGUCCUUCCGCUUCGAGGAACUGCGUUACACCACCUCCGGCCGUAUCCGACUGUCUGCCUCCGGAGAGAAGCAGUUCAUCAGCUCACCCUACUACCCACAUCUUCCGCAUCCCCACACCGAGUGCAUUUGGAUCGUUGAGGCACCACGAGAACACCGCAUAAUGUUGCACUUUGAAGGGGCAUUCGAUCUGUUGGACGCCACCGGGAAGUCGGAGGAGUGCCUACAGGAAUAUCUCUUGGUCAACGAUGGCAGUACGGAGCUGAGACCGGAAAUCGGUCGCUAUUGCGGCAGUCGCAAGCCGGACUCAAUCUACUCCACCGGCAACCAGCUGCGGAUUCGCUACUUUACGGAUGUCUCGGAGCCGCAUUUGGGCUUCAACGCCAGUUUGAGUGUGGCCCGAUGCGGAGGCUCCUUCCAGAGUCCGGAGGGCAUAAUAGCCUCGCCGUCGAGGGAGCUCCUGAUGAUUCACGAGGAAGACAAGCAGCUGCAGGAGUGUGUGUACACCAUCGAACUAGAGAAGGGCAGCGCCAUCGACCUGGUGAGCGAACGUCUGCAGAUACCCAAGCUGCAGAACGGCAGCUGCUCGCAGCGCAAUCAUUUGAUGCUCGAGGAGAUGUCUGCCUUUGGGGUGGACGGCGAGGAGGAGAUCGUAGACACACUAAUGCUCUGCGGCGAUAGCCCCAAGCAUCUGCUGAGUGAAACGAAUAAGAUCGUCUUCCGAUAUCGCUUCCUAAAUGGCAUUCCGCAGGAGGAUGAGGGCUUCCGUUUCAAGUACACCUCGCUGGGCUCGCGAUGCGGCGAAACCAUCUACGGGUCGGUGGGAGUUCUCCAGACACCCGGCUAUCCAAUGGGGGUGCAACAUCCCUUGCACUGCGUGUGGCGCGUGCAAGUGCCCAAGGGCAGGAGGGUGCGUCUGGAGAUUCUCGACUUUAACACGGGCUUGCGGUUGAAUAACGAGACAAGGAUGAACUUCUGGGGUCGCCUGAACGUGGCCAACGAUUUCAAAAUGCAGUCCCUCCUAGGACGCUACUACAGCGGUCCCCCCACGGAGGUGAUUUCCUCUGACAAUACAAUGGGCAUCGACGCCUUCCUACUGCCCAUUUCUCAGAGUCGUGGAAUCAAGCUGCGCUUUAGUUCCUAUUACACCAGUGACUGCAAGAAAUUCGGGGUCAAGCUGAAUGAGCUUACGGAGAUCCGGAUCCAGCGGCUCAAUACCAGUAAUCCGUUUUACUGCAGCUACGUAAUCGAACCGCCGGUUAAUAGUACCCUCAUGAUUCAGGUGAACGAGUUCAACAGCACCUCCGUUAUGAUGGGGAAUUCAAAUCUCUGUGCGUUGCUCGCGCCGCUUAAGUUUAACCGUUUGGACCAGGAGGAGCGCCUUAUGGAGCGCAUUAUCUGCGAUUACCAGACAACCGCUCCAGGCAGGCCCCUGCCCGCCAUCCGGGUGCCAUUCCCCAUCGAAGUGGUCGUCUCGGCAUCCAUCGGCAACGCAAUGGUUAACCUCCUGCUGGGCUACAAAAUGCAGUCAUGCGGCGGAGUCUUUAUUCUGGAACCGGGCGACAAUACAACGAUGCACCAGCCAUCGGGAAUGGAGGCGCUUGUGGGCCCCAUUGACUGUGCCUGGGCCAUUGGACCCGAUACGGAUGCCAGUGGCGAGGACGAGGCGAUGCCCCAGGACAUUCAGCUGGAGGUGUCGGUAUAUGAUGUCAACCUGCCAGCACCGAUCUCGGCCACACAAUUUCCAGACUCCCCAUGCCUGCAUCACUAUCUUAAGGUGUACAAUGGACCCGAUCAGAACUCACCUUCCUUGGGAAUGUUCUGCAAUCAGGCCACUGCUGUGAACAUGGUGGUAGAGCGAGGCCUCUUCCUGGAGUACCACUCCGAUAGCUUCUCACCCAAUGCCACCUUCAAUGUGUCCAUCAAGUAUGGAUCUGGAUGCGGUGGCAAGUUGGUGUAUCCCUACAGGGCCAUCGACUUCGCGGAGCAGUACAAGAACAAUGUGGAGUGCAUCUGGGAGGCGGAGGCGCCGAUGGGCUACCACAUCGGUGUAACAUUCCGCGGACGCUUUUACAUCGAGGACAGCCCAGGCUGCACCAAGGAUUACCUGCUCGUCCAGCAGCGCAACCAAACCACUGGCAAUUGGACCGAUCUGCAGAGAAUUUGCGGUCGUACUGCGCCGGAGAUGGUAAACACUACUUCGCCAUACCUCCGGCUAAUCUUCCGCUCCGAUGGCGAUGUGGUGGCCGAUGGUUUCUUGGCCAACAUCGAGAGGAAUUGCGGUGGUCUGCUCUACGCCGACGACGAUGAACAGGAGCUGUCCAGCCCGGGCUAUCCAUUCGGUUAUGAGAAGUAUUUGCAAUGCAACUGGACCAUAGUGCCCAGAAGUCCCUCGAUGGGCGGUGUCCUGGUCAGCUUUCUGCAAUUCGAUCUAGAGCAGGCGCCCAUAUCCGUCUGCCUCUUCGACAAUCUCACGGUGACCACAAAGGAUAAGAACAAGGAUCCGCAUCGUACCAUUCUCUGCGGCGUAAAGCAUAACCACGAGUACCGGGCCAAGGAAUACAUUAAUCUGCUUCUCCGAACGGAUGGCAGUUUUUCCGGUCGGGGAUUCACAUUGCGCUAUACCAGCCGCCUUUGCGGCGGACUUAUCACCGAAACUACAAUUGUAAAAUCACCAGCCCAGCAUACGGAUAACACCCUGCCACCCAGUUCUGAUUGCUAUUGGAAUCUAACCGCCCCAGCGGGUCACAAGUUCAACAUUAAGUUCCUUCUAAUCGACUUUGAGGCGCACGCCAGUUGUGACUACGAUGGCGUCGAGGUCUUCUCCGGACCCACUCCGGACCCGCGAUACAGAUGGGGACGAUUCUGUGGCCACAUCAACGGGAAUCUGCCACUGAUCAGUAUUCCCCAGGAUCGGGCCAUCAUACAUAGCUUCUCUGAUGACCGGGAUCCAUCGCGGGGAUUCCGUGCCUUGGUUCGCGUGAUGCCGAAUUGCGAUGAGAAGAUCUCGCUGAACGGAUCGUCGCGUUAUGUCUAUAGCAAGUUCAACAACGCCGACGGUUAUCAAAACGAUUUGGACUGCCAAAUAGUGUUCCAAGUGAAUUCCGAUCAGCAGAUCAGCGUGGAGUUCAGUAACUUCCAUGUGCAAGAUUCGGAUGCAUGCCGCAGUGAUUAUGUGGAGUUGCGCGACGGUGGCGGCUCCUUUGCCGACAUCAUCGGCCGCUUUUGUGGCUUUAAUCAACCCCCCAGCCUGAAAACCACCAGGCAUUCGCUUUACAUGCGCUUUGUCACCGAUGAGACGGUGACGGAUACGGGUUUCCAGGUGACCAUCAAUGCUGUUCCACGGCCAUGCGGCAGUUCAGAGAUUACCUUACGCUCGGAUGGCACCAAGCAGGUCACCAUUAAUUCACCGACAAGGACGCCAGGCGGUAAUUACGCCAAUGGAGUGUCCUGCUUCUGGAAAAUUAAGGGUGAUUCCCUGCUGAGGGUGCAGUUCAUCAACUUUGAUCUCCAUGGACCAAAUCAAAACGGCAGCUGUGAGGAGGACUUUUUGAAAAUCUACAAUAGUGAGGAUGCACUGCUGUUAGAGCAGGGAUUGGGCAAUGACCUGGUUUUCAAUGGCCAGUCAACCAGACAGAACGGUCUCGGCUUUGCCACACAGCAUGUGUACUGCGGCAAUAUAAAGCCGGACAUCUAUUAUGGCCAGUCCAAUGAGGUGUAUCUGAAGUUCCGGUCCAAGGGAUUGGAGCAGCGUGGCGGAUUCCAGUUGCAGGUCGCUCUCAACUCCAACGCGGAGCGCCAUUACGAUGGACUGCAGGGCAGAGUGCAUUUUUCACAGUCAACCGAUUGCAACAUCAUUAUCCGGGCGCCACCUAAUCACACCUUGAGCUUGUACUACACCGAGUUGAUAUUCGGCACCUUCGACUGUGAAAUGGAGAAUUUGGAGGUCUUCGAUAGGACGAAUCGAUCAUUGCAGCGCGUCUGCUCCUUUGUCGACACGGGCAAGAGUCUGUUCAGCAAUGCGGAUGAGCUGCGGCUGCAGAUGAAGACCGGCUCGUUCUUGACCUCGCUGGAUCUCACUUAUCUGGCCAGCCCGGCGGAUAAGGAACCUGGUUGCGGUGGUCAGUUCUACAACACCGAGGGCAUCUUCUCCAAUCCCUUCUAUCCGAACAAUGUGCGCAAUAACUCCGAGUGUCAGUGGACUGUCCGGGUGCCAAGUAACACUGUUGUAUUCCUCACAUUUGAAAUCUUCAAUCUGGGUUCCAGGACCACCUGUCACACGGAUUACCUGCAGAUCCUUGAGUUGUACGAAACCGGAGAGGAGCACGAAAUGAGACGCUUCUGUGGCGAGGACAUCCCAAAGUACUACAAGAGCCAGCGCAGCGAUGUGAUCGUCCGCUUCCACAAGACCGUCAACUACGACGGUGUCGGUUGGGUGAUCCGCUUUGCCGGGGUCUACUCCGACUAUCAGAUACCUAGGCAUUUGCUGCAAUAAAUACGUCUAAAUAAAAGUUCAAGAUGUCGAUCAUCCUGACAUGAUUUGUUCAGAAAAUUACGAGAAAUAAAAAUAUUCAGUCCUAAAUGAAUAAAGUAUACUUAAUAAUUCCA